ACCCGGAAGUGCUUUUUUAGUGUUGCUGAAGAGACGCGUAUGACGCUGAUCUUAUUUUGAACGAUUCAUGGCUUAAUACAUUUUAUACACAGCGAUUAGCUACAAUUAAACCACAGAGAUACUUAUACACGAUCACAAUGAACUACAUGCCAGGGACCGCGAGUCUCAUCGACGAUAUAGACAAAAAACAUCUUGUACUUCUUCGUGAUGGAAGAACGCUAAUUGGGUUUCUUAGAAGCAUUGACCAGUUUGCCAACCUAGUUUUCCAUCAAACAGUCGAGCGCAUCCAUGUGGGCAAGAAGUUUGGGGACAUCCCCAGAGGAAUCUUCAUUGUGAGAGGAGAGAAUGUUGUUUUGCUUGGUGAAAUAGACAUGGAUAAGCCAUGUGACACAGUCUUGCAGCAGGUUUCUAUAGAGGAGAUCCUAGAGGAGCAGCGAUUGCAACAGCAAGCCAAGCAGGAGACAGAGAAAGCCAAGGUGACCGCACUGAAGGACAGAGGCCUAUCCAUCCCCAAGGCAGAUAAUCUUGAUGAAUACUGAAGGCACUUCUGUUCUAUUUUCCUCUGUUAUACUAGACUCCCCAGUUAUUUUGGAGAUGGGGAGAAGAAUGUGUGUUUUGUAGAUGACGCAGCGUCACACUAAAUACUGUACUGAUUUCAUUUUGAUAAUGGCUCAUUGGUUAGAAAGCAAGCAAUGAUUUAAGUGAUGCAUUUUUGUUAUCUUUGAUGGCUGGCGUAAUGCAGGAAUUGAGGGUAGACCACACACACUAGAUUGUCUGCAAGACUACAUUUGAUGCGAUAAAUCAAUUGAAUACGAUUUUCAUACCACAGCACUUAAAACUUUGUCAAUAGUACAUAAUGAUGGACUCUUUAUGUUUGUGUAAACGGACCAUAACUGUAAUGGUAAGAUUUGUUUUCCAAUAAAGUGUGUUUUAUUUUAA